CAAUAUUGUCCGUCGACGGUCUCUCAAAACUUUUUGCUUACCUUUUUACUUUCAGUGUCAAUUGUGAAAAUGUUUUAUGGUAUUUAAUUUUUGGAUUGUGUUCGUCCAUUAACUAGGAUUCAACAUGAAGUUAAACGUAUCAUAUCCAGCCACAGGCAGCCAAAAGCUGUUUGAAAUCGUAGAUGAGCACAAGCUGCGUGUCUUCUAUGAAAAACGUAUCGGCACUGAAGUUGAAGUUGAUAUACUUGGCGAUGAAUGGAAAGGUUAUGUGCUAAAAAUAUCUGGAGGCAAUGACAAGCAAGGUUUCCCCAUGAAACAAGGUGUUCUCUCUAAUGUCCGAGUGCGAUUAUUAUUAUCCAAAGGACAUUCGUGUUACCGUCCUAGAAGGGAUGGUGAACGCAAGAGAAAAUCAGUUCGUGGAUGUAUUGUUGAUUCCAAUCUUAGCGUUUUGUCAUUGGUUGUUGUCAAAAAAGGAGAGAAGGAUAUUGCUGGGUUAACCGACACAAAUGUCCCGAGACGACUUGGACCUAAACGUGCAAACAAAAUCCGUAAGUUGUUCAACUUGCAAAAAGAAGAUGAUGUACGUAAGUACGUCAUUAAAAGACCUUUGCCACUGAAGGAAGGAAAGACCAAACAACAUUUCAAGGCCCCGAAAAUCCAACGUCUCAUUACUCCUGUCCGUCUUCAGCGUAAACGUCAUAAUUUGGCAUUAAAGAAGAAACGUUGUUUGAAACGCAAAGAACAAGCUACUGAAUACGCCAAGCUUCUUGUACACAGACAAAAGGAAAAGUUCGCAAAGAAACGGGCUGAACAGAGCCGUAAACGUACUAUGUCUCAAUCGUCUGUUUCUAGUUCUGGCACAAAGAGCAGUAAAAAAUAAAUAUGGUUAAAUAAAACAAUUUUUUUUUAAUCAUA